AUGUCUGUUCCAUUGACGCCUUCAAAGAGACCAUAUGAUCGGAAUCCUAGAGAGUUAAAUGGUAGAGGGAAAUGGCAAAAAUCAGCAGCUUUUGGUUCAGAGAAUUCUGCAUUGCGAGGAUCCCCUGCUAGCAAUGUUAUACGUUUACUCUGUCCAGCUUCCAAGAUUGGUGCUGUAAUUGGAAAAGGUGGGGGAGUUAUAUCUCAGAUACGUCAGGAAACGGGGGUUAAGGUCCAGGUUGAGGAUACUUAUCCUGGAUGUGAUGAAAGAGUCGUUGUUAUUGUAGGUUCAGAUAACGAAAAUGAAGUUGGCAGCGGACACAGCAAGCCGGAUUGUGUGGAGGGUAGUAACACCAACGGAAAGGGUGAGGAGGGUGGUGACACAGAUGAGCAUGGAGAAAAUGAUGAAGAUAAACAGUCUGUUCCAGUUGAGGAUUCUCAGUCAGAAAAUGUAGUUUCAUCUGUUCACAAAGCUCUGUUACUCGUGUUCGAAAGGAUCGUUGAUGGAGAAAUAGAGAUGGAUGGAGGGGAUGAUGGGGUUAAUAAAGUUUCCUCAUCUAUUGUGAGGUUACUUGUGUUCUCCAGUCAAGUGGGGUGCCUGCUAGGGAGAGCUGGUAGCGUUAUAAAACAGAUGUCUUCUGAAAGUGGAGCACAGAUUCGAAUCCUUCCGCGGGACAAAUUGCCUUCUUGUGCAUCUUCUUCAGAUGAGCUAGUUCAGAUUUCUGGAGGGCUUGAUGCUGUUAGAAAAGCUCUUCAGUCAGUUUCCCAGCAAUUACUUGAGCAUCAUGUUCGCGAUCAGGACUCUCUCUCUUCAGAUCCUAGUGGGCCCUCAUCUUCUUCCUUUGGUCCCUCUACUAGACAGGAUGCAUUUCAAUAUUCAAAACGUUCUCUCCAUGGACAAGGGACACCACAUUCUUCUGGACGUCGUGGUGAUGAAGCUGGUUUUCCAGGCAGGACGAAUCCUUCUCCAGAUGUAGUUAGCUUCCGGUUAUUGUGUCCGGAUGAGAAGGUGGGAGGGGUAAUUGGAAAGGGAGGGACUAUAGUCAAGGCACUUCAGCAUGAAACUGGCUGUGAGAUCAAAGUCCUGGAUGGUGUAGCUGAUUCUGAGGAUCGCAUAAUUGUCAUUUCUGGCCCAGCUUAUCCAGAUGAAAGAAUAUCUGCCCCACAAGAUGCAGUACUUCGUGUGCAAUCAAGAAUAUAUAGGGCUGCUCCAGAAAGCAACGAGGAUACAUUGAUGGCAAAACUCCUUGUCUCCUCUAAUCAAAUUGGAUGUCUCCUUGGCAAGGGUGGUGCUAUUAUUGCUGAAAUGAGGAAAUCAACUGGAGCUUAUAUCCGUAUACUGGGGAAAGAUAAAAUCCCAAAAUGUGCUUCAGAAAAUGAAGAAGUAGUUCAGAUAAAUGGAGAUUUCGAAAGAGUUGAAGAGGCUCUUUUGCAGAUAACUGCAAGAUUGCGAGAUCAUUAUUUUCGUGAUGCAUUUCCUCCUAGGCAUCACCCUCCUAAUCCAGGCUUUCUGGACCAAACACCUCAGUUUCCUUCAUACAUGGGAAGGAGAGAGCUUUCACCUUCAGGAAUGUUCUCUUUGGGUCCAUCUUUUCAGAAGUUUGAUGCUCCUGGUGGCCUUCCACUGCAUGGUGGCUUCCAUCCCCAUAAUGAUCACCCUCCUUUUGCUCAUGAUUUUCAUAGACUUGGUAUGCCUCCUCAUGUUUCUGAAAGAAUGCCAUCUGCACCAUGGGGACCUCAGGGGCUUAUUGAAGACCCUGGGCCAAUAGGCUUCCCGGAUUAUCCAGGAGCUCCUCAGAGAAGACUUGGUGGAUUUGGAGGAGGGAAUCAUCCAGCUAUUAUCACCAGCACAACUGUGGAAGUUGUUGUUCCUCGCUCUGUUGUUCCUGCAAUCUAUGGAGAGGAUGGUGAAUGUCUUAGACAAAUACGUGAGAUUUCUGAUGCAAAUAUUGCCAUAACUGAUACCAAACCCGGAGCGACAGAAACAGUCAUCAUAAUAUCUGGGACGCCUGAGCAGACCAGUGCAGCACAGAGUCUCAUUCAAGCAUUUGUAAUAAGCGAGACUGAUGCAUCUUGA